AUGAGCCUUCUGGACCAACUGAAGAAGCACACCAUUGUCGUGGCCGACACCGCCGACUUCUCGCUGCUGUCGCAGUACAAGCCGGAGGACGCAACGACAAACCCGUCGCUGGUGCUUGCCGGCAGUGAGCUGCCACAGUACGCCAACCUCGUCAAGGACGCGGUGCAGUUCGCCAAGACAAACGUCGCCCGCCUGCGCGAUGGCCUCGCGCCCGGCGCCGACGAGCGCGCGCACCUUCUGGAGCUCGCCGUGGAUGCGCUGACGGUGAGCUUCGGCUGCGAGAUCCUGCGCGUUGUGCCG